ACGACAGCGACGGCAUCGCAGCUGACCGCGCCGCCGCUCCGCACCUCGCACAGUACUGCGCCGCGCCGCGCUACGCCACCACACUCCACACUGCGCGACUACCCGCGCCGACUCCCGAGCAGCCUGCACGCCUGUGGCGAGCGGACAUGAAGGGCUGGUUCGACGCCUUCAGGAGCGAUGGCGGGCCCACCCUGUACAGCCAGAGCAACCGGACAUCCGUCACGGGGGACGUCACCACGGUCACGGUCUGCCUCGUCUUCUUCACCGUCUUCCUCGCUUUCCUCAUCAUCUUUCCCGGCGUGCGCAAAGAGAGAUUCACCACUUUCACCAGCGUGACGCUCAGUCUGUUCGUCGGGACUGUCAUCCUAGUGGCUAAGUACGGCUCCUGCUGGCACGUGGCUUCCGCCAACAUCGUCAGCAGCUACCGCGCCUUCUCCAAGGAGAAGAUGGCGGUCACGAUCGGUGCCUACAUAGGCCUCGAGCACGUCAACGUCACCCUCACCGCGACCGGCGGGGGCAACGGGACGCAAGACAUCGACUUCAACGAGCGCUUCCGGUGGGGGGGCCCCGGCGAGAUGGGCGACAGCUACCGCGAGGCGCUGGUGCGCGGCCUGCCCUUCCCCAUCCUGACAGUGGCCGAGUACCUCAGCCUGGGCCAGGAGGGCUUCGCCUGGGGCGGCCGCUACCGAGCCGCCGGCUACUACGGGUCCGUCUUCCUCUGGGCGGCGCUGGCGUCGUGGGUGAUGAUGAACCUGCUGCUGGUGGUGGUGCCGCGGUACGGCGCCUACGCCAUGACGGUGACGGGCGUCCUGAUGGCCGCGUCGGCGCUCACCUACUGGCUGCUGCUGCCCGCCGCCCCUCUCUGCGUGCAGUUCGAGGCGGGCGCGCUGCACUUCGAGUUUGGGUGGUGCUUCUGGGUGGUCAUCAUCGCAGGUGCACUUUGUGCUUUGUCUGGGAUCGCCAUUGCCACAGUCGACAUGGUGUUCCCACAUCGCUUCUCCACUAUCCUCGAAGUGGAUUACGACACGCCGUACGACCGUCACAUCAUUAUCGAGGAAAGUCACGACCGUAAAAACGCCGCGGCCGCGCACCGCCUCGAAGCGCCGCCAGGGGCGGGUCUUGGAACGAGGAUUCUCAGGCGGCUGUCGAAGCGCGAGCGCCUGGAGGAGCGCCAGGGCGUGGACAACGAGGGCUUCGAGAUGGACCCGCCCAAGUCGCCGUGGCGCUACCCGUUCCCGAGGCCCGGCCCCCCGCGCGCCGACCUGCCGCCGCCCUUCCGCAGGACUAUCUCGCAGGACUCUGCCGCCAGCUCGAGCGGCGCCUCCAGCCUGGGACUGUCCUUCCUGCAGCGCGAGUGCGCCGCCGCCGCCGCCGCUGCCGCCCCCGCAGCCACGGCCCCCGCUGCCGCCGCCCCCGCCGCCUCUGCGACGAGUGCCGCCGUCCAGACGGACCCCUUGCCCGUCGUCAGAUAACGCACUCGCCACCGCCCAGCCGACUCUCCGCGAACUGUUCACUCUCUGAGGGGUCACCACGUCUCAUCGGAACCUAGAAGCGCGGGGACAGUUCCCCGAAAGUAGGUAGAUCUCACUAGGAUAUACCAAAAAAACUCGUAGAUGUAGUGCUCGCCGCGUCGCGAGGUACGCGUCGAGUCGCGAUCGACGUGUUCCACCUCACCGACAGGUCCGCAGGAAGCGUGGAAACUUCCCUGUUCGCACCUGUCUGAGGGCAGGUCGUCAGAUGAAACUGGAAGAAAUCCAAAGAACCAGUAAACAGUUUAGAGGAAAUGACAAUGCCCGAUGCUCUUCAGCUCGAUGAACUGUCAAUAUCGACAAGUCUACUUUUAUAUCCGACAAAUACUGGGUGAAUUGAGCUGUCUAGUGGCCCCUUUCAGCAUUGCCAGUGCUAACAGAACACUUGCCAGGCAGUUCCUUUAUGCUGCAGACUGCUUUAUGCUUUGUUCUGCUAAAGUAAACCUACAGUACGUUUGAGUGAUCAUAAAGAUCAUAAAUUAUGAACUGAGGAUAUUUGCAUGACCUGUAUUAUCUCUUACGUAUUAUCGUAAAGUAUUUGUAAUCUUUAACAUUUUAGUCAUGUUUUGAAUGAUAUAGUGUAGCUGUACUAGGUGAUAAGGUAUCAUCUAAAAACUGGAAUUGCUGAAUCUCUUGUUUAAAAGAACAUUUCAGUGGAAGGACAAACAAUAGUUAGUAGGGGGGACUAGAACUGGGAUGUGAAGUAUUUUUAAUAAUUUGGAAGAGAAAUGGAGACUUGUAAGUAGCCAUAAUAAAUUUUUGUUCCUGACCCUGUUAAAAACCAGCAUAAUACCAACUUCUAAUCAUUUUCUUAAAAGAAAAACAUACUGUACUAUAUUUUUUUCUGGUUCCUGAGAACUGGGUGGGGAGGCUGGUUAGCCCCCCCUCCUCCUCUUACUGCUGGUCAUUGCUACCUUUCAUACAGUGAUAUACUAUACAGGAUCUCUCCAAUCUGAAUUUUACUGGCUUGUAGGUGUACUUCAGUCAUAUGAAUUCCCCCCCCCCCCCUCCCCCACAGUCUUGUUGAAAUAAAUCACAGUUGUUCUUUCUAAUUCCUCGAGAUUUUUUACUUUCACUCUACUCCAUUUCCCCCAUUUCAUUCAGCAAAUCAGACUAUGUGUCUCAUGAUAAUCACAUGCAGGUUUUACAGCUAUUUCCUAAUCUUCAUAUUUUUCUUACUCUUUCACAUAACAUGUCUGUACUCUGUAUUAAUGUACAUUGUGGUGCUUAUCAGUCCCCAUGGGAUUACUCACCCACAUAAGUACUCAGCAGAGUACUGAAGACUCCAUCCAUAUGGCGCAGUUACAAUUUGUGCACUAAAUAUGAGCGAUAUUUAUUUCAUUCAACAGCAUUGGAGCAAACACUUAAAUUCUUAUAUGUAUAUUCAGUUGUCAUUUUCUUUGGGGAGCAAUGUAUUUGCAGCUACUGAGGCCUGAAAACCCCAUCUUAAAUAGCAGAUCCUGAUAUGGUUUUAAUUCGUGACUGAACUGGAAACUUAAUUACCACCAGUGAAAUAAAAAGAGGACCUUUCAUAAGUAACCAUAAA